AUGGCACACCUAAAAUUCAUAAAAUCGAAUAAUCUAGAAAAGGACUCAGCCCAAAGCAAAGGUGACGAGUCGGAUGCCGAAGUGGAAGCAGUGUUCAAUGAGAUGACGCGAUCAUCUGUUCGAUACGUAGACAAGGAUCCUUUCCUUGUUAAAGAUGUUGUGUCUACAUUCCGCUGGCCAGAUAUCACAGUUGGAUACCACGACUCGCGACCGAUCAGCAGUGUUUUAUUCCACAAUGUCAGACCUGUUGUUAUAACAGGUGGAGCUUCUGGGAAAGUGCAGUUAUUCAGGGUCGGAGAUAGGUCAGAAGCGGGGAACUUCCUUCAGAACGUUCGAUUUACUAAUUUUCCCAUCACAUGUAUGGGCUUGUUGCAAGGAGGCUGUUCAGUAGUGUGCGGAUCAAUACGUCAGGAAUAUCUCAUGAAGUACGAUCUAGAACAAGGAGCUGUAAUGCAGUUGCGGCUUCCGAAGUGUGUACCUAGUCAAAACAUUGGACGUUUCGCCGUAUCCAAGGAUGGCUCUCUGUUAGCUAUGAUUGCUCGCAACGCACAAGUGUAUGUGUUGUCCUCGUCGUCCAUGGAACUGGUCAAAACAUUAUCUUCGCCUUCGGACGUGGCAUCAGUACAGUUCCUUCCUGGAUCCAAUCACGAAAUAUGGGCAAUGACAGGUAAUAGCGCUCACUUUCGAACUAUGUGUGAAUUUAUUUUGGUUGAGACUAAAAUAUUUAGGAUGCAUAAACUAAAAUCUUAUGUAGUGCCGAUUCUCGAGUAUCUGACCAUUUAG